AUGCCCUUCCUACGCCGUCGUGGCGUCAUGGCCAGCGACACGGAUAUGAGACGACACACGAUCCUAGUCGACUCAGCGCCUGUUCCCCCGAAGCAGCUUCCGCGCAAAAUCCAGUCAGAAGCCCUACUAAGCCCCGACCCUGCCGGAAUUAACGGAGAAGGAACCACGAAUGGAGCCCCGGGUGGGAAUGGUGAGGGUAGCAAAUCUUCGGUUGAUACGGUCGCGUCUACUUCAGCCUCCAUGUUUCCAAGUAGAAAGAGCGAAGAUCCGUACAACCGCCCUGAAUCACCCCCGAUCCAGGAUGAAUCGCCCAAACAUCGCAGAUUCAGUAUGCUUAGAUUUCGCAACGCCUCCGAUUCUCAAUUGUCAGCUCGACUCAAACAACAGCAACAAGCUGAAAAGCUGCCACCUAUGCCACAACCUCCCGCCAUCAUUACCACUGCGCCUACCAUGGACAUGGAUAUGCAGCCCAAGAAGCAAUCUCGGAUGAAAAUUCCUAUACGAAUGCGCCGGUCAAGCGACCUCCCCAGGGGUGACCAGGAGCAACUACCCAAAUUUAUACCCCCAAUCACGAAGAAGGAUAAGAGGAAGACGAUGAACGAACGAACCAUAUCCUCAACGAGUAAACAGACGGUGACGUUCGAGGAACCUCCCAUACCUGAGACCUCCGCUGUAACGCACACCGACAUCGAUGACCAGAGUGCUGCACUGACACCACCCAUGAACCGUCUAUCUGAGUCGUCUAGAUCAGAAAGUAGCUUGAAUGAGCAAGCGGUAGCAUCUACGCAACCGACCGGGCUAAACCCAUCAGCCUUCUUCCGCCUCCGUCGCAAACAAAAGCAACCUGAACCUCUCUUCCCUCUAGGACAUCUCCCUCAGAAGUCCAAAACGCCUGCGUUGUCCGGUACCGCUUCCUCUGUGUCACGUACUUCGACCUCCUCCCGCCCUUCCAACGCCACCGGCGAUAUAUCUCGCCCGUCUACGGGGCACGAUGGAUCGACACCCUUAGCUUCUCCUUCCCAUACCGGAGGUUACCCUGGGAGACCUUCCGGAUCCCCAGCCACGGCUUUAUUCAGGCCCACCUCUCGUAACUCCGGGCAGUCCUCUCCAACUAGAGUACAUCUGAGCCUUAGAGGGCGAUCCUCUACGAUGAGCUCUCUCGGGGAGAGCUUUGUAGAGGAUCGCCAACAUUCAGGAACUACGCGAACUUCAUCUUCCACCGGUCGCAAGAGCUUUGGCGAUCUCCUGGGGCUUGGCCGUAUGCGGCAGAACACCGAUGGACUACGGCACGGGACGCUGACGCCGGCAACGCCAGGCUCCAAUACUUCAAAGAACAACUCGCUACAGCUAAAUAGGGAGCCGGUUAUAUUGCCGGAACGCCGUGAAGAUGAUACCCCCGCGAAAUAUCUGGCGCGCAUAGAGGAAGUGCUCAGCCGCGGUGUCAUUGCAAGCGCUUUGUCCAAAGGAAACGACUCAUUCUCAGCAGCCGUAUUGCGAAGUUACAUGCGGACUUUCAGUUUCUUCGAGGAGCCCAUGGACAUGGCCAUUCGAAAACUCUUGAUGGAAGCUGAACUUCCCAAGGAGACUCAGCAGAUCGAUCGUUGCCUGCAGGCUUUCGCGAACCGUUAUCACGAAUGCAAUCCUGGAAUUUACUCAACACCAGACCAGGCGUAUUUCAUAGCCUUUUCCCUCCUUAUACUUCAUACAGAUGUGUUCAACAAGAACAACAAGUACAAGAUGCAAAAGGCUGAUUAUCUCAAAAACACUCAUGGCGAAGGCAUUUUUGACGACGUACUGGAAUGCUUCUACGACAAUAUCAGCUACACGCCGUUUAUUCACGUAGAGGAUGACCUAGCCAUGAACGGUGACCGAACCGGUAGUUUUAGGUCCAAGAAGAAAUCGAUGUUUCCGAACAGUACGACCGAGACGUUACGAAGGUCAAAGGAUCCAAUAGACCCAUAUACGUUGAUCUUGGACGGUCGUUUAGAUACACUGCGACCACCUUUGAAGGACCAGAUUCCACUCGAGGAGCACUACAGUUAUUUAGGUACAGCUAGAAAUCUUAACUUGAAGGAGCUACAAAAGACGUUUUUCAAGACUGGGGUACUACAAAUCGUAUCAGCGCGGUCCCGUCCGGACGCUUUCAUGACGGAGAAGACGGCAAAUAACCCACAGGAAGCCCAUCCCGGCAUUGUGGAUAUCAAGGUCACUAAAGUCGGGCUGCUAUGGCGAAAGGAUGCCAAGAAGAAAAAAACCCGUUCCCCGUGGCAAGAAUGGGGUGCAAUAUUGACGGGUGCUCAGCUGUAUUUCUUCCGCAACACGGCGUGGGUCAAGAAUUUAAUGCAUCAGUACGAGACACAUGUGAAGUUGGGACAUGAUGGGAUCCCACUUAUUUUCAAUCCGCCUCUCGAGCAGUUCAAGCCCGACGCAUUGAUGUCCACCCAUGGUGCUGUCGCUCUAUGGGACAACAGCUACAAGAAACACAAGAAUUCCUUCGUUUAUGUCAGACAUGGCGGGUUGGAGGAAGUGCUACUCGCCCAGAACGAAGAGGACCGAAAUGAUUGGCUCGCCAAGUUGAACUAUGCAGCUGCGUUCAGGACAUCUGGAGUGCGAAUGCGAGGAGUUAUUGGUAGCAAUUACGAAGGACAAAGCCGUCGUGCCAUUAGAAGGUUGGACAGCACCGAUGCAACGCAGCUCAUCCAGACACCUAGUGGGGAAGUCAGCGUCAAUCGAGCUGGCAUUGACCACGAGAUGGCUCGAGACAUCCUCAUCGCUCGCCGCGAGAUAAUACGCCAGAAAAUCGAAGAAGCCGACGAAAAGCUCCAGCACGCACAAAAGCUCCUUGAGACACAGCUAAGAAAUGCCAGGCACCUACUCAUAUUAGCACCGAUUCAGGAUAAAACACGAGAUCAGGUUCGAGGAGGCGCCGCCAAGAUUAUUGCCCAGUUGAAAUGGUCUCGAACCGAAAUCUGGAGACUGAAGUGUCAUCGCGACAUUCUUGCCCUGGACCUUGAGGAAGAAAAGGAAGUCAAUGGUAAUUUCGAAGAGGAUAAAACCGAGGCUAGUUCGUCUAUUGAGAAGCAGUUACUCCUUGAGAACGACUCGCGAGACAGUUCUCAGAAAACCGAGCAGCAAAGUCCACGAGCUCCAGCUCCACUUACAUUAGUCCAGCCCCCAGAACCGGCAAAGGUAAUGGAUGGGGAUUCGCCAGGGGCAGAGGAAUUCCAGACUCCCCCCACAACUGCUACUGCUCCGUCAUUCCAUGACAGCCAGGCUCUACGAGACCUUCCUGCCGCUGGCUCCGAUCAUCUUGGCCCCAGGAAAACAUCGGUGUCAAGCGCCGCAUCCUCAUUGAAAUUAGCUACAACAUCCACUCCACCUCGGAAGGCGUCGAGUCCCGCGGCCGGGCAGGACAAGGACGCUAUCGACGAACAAUCCGAAGAUGAUGAAGGCGAACGGCAAGUCCUCGAACAGGCCGGCCUCCUUGAGACAGAAUCGGUUCGCACGUCAGGUCAUAAGCGUAGCUCCUCCGGCAAGACUCACGACGAUAGUUCCGAUCGACCCAAACGCACAAGCAUCCCAGGACCAGAUAAGGAUGGGCUCGAUCGGAGCAAAAUGCGUCGUAGCCUCCAACGUACACUCAGGGAUGGCGCGGGUCAUUUGUCACACCACCGUAGCAGAAAGGGUAAAGAUUCCGCAUCGAGUGGUGGCAUAUCGGACGAAACUGUCCGAGAGAAUGAGACCCUCACUCGUGGCACCGGCAGCUUUACCGUGCAUGGUAAGAAGGCCUCUGUCGUCAAUUUUGGUAGCGAAUUGCAGAAUAUGUCGACCGACGAACGCAUUAGGCAACGCAAACAAUCCUACCAGGGCUCAUCAGAUGACCAUGGCUUUGGUUCUCCCGGUAGCAUUGACGAUUUCCAUUCAAUUCUCGGUGAUCCCCCAGAGCGGAUGGACCGGCGCGGGUCAGGGGCCAGCGCCAGCACGGCAACAGCUCGAUCCUUUCGCGAGCUACACCGGAAGUACUCUUCAUCGAGGGCCCACCGUCUCGCUACGGCAGGAGGUCUAACAGUUCCAUCCGACGAAGACAGUGAUGCAGCUGUCAGUUUUUCAGACGGCCGAAGGUCGCCUUUACCGCCCUUGGAUGACGAAGACGAAAACCAAGGGGCCAACCCGUCAGUGCAGGCCCGGUUCUACACACCAGAGCCCCCUAGUUCCCCAAUUCAACAGAAAACAUCAGAAACAGGGGAGGGAAGCGAGGAGGAGACGGUAGAACGUCUUCCCAGUCCCGUUAUUCAGGCAGUCGGCGCAUAG